CAAGUGAGGAACCACCACCAAAUUAAGAUGGCUCAAAUGAUACCUCAAGCGGUCUUGGACCAACUCAAGGCCCAGAUCGAUCAAGAUUCCAAAACCAAGGAGGCACUCGGCGACAUUACCGAGAAACUUGAGCGCGAGGUCGCAUACUCGCAGGGCGUCAUCUCGCGGGUCCAUGCCACAAGGGUUGCCGACUAUGCUGCAGCGCUGCUGCCGCAGUUGGAGUGUGCAAUCAAGGACAUGAUUGCCACGACAAAAGAGCUCGAAGAGGAGGCUUCAAAGCAUCCGUACUACAAAUACAACUUUAAAUGGACCCGUCAUGUGCGGGGUGCCAUAUUCACCAUUGUGCUGUGCGCAUUCUUGGGCGGCCUCGGGAACGAGACCAAGGCUGGAGAGCUGGGUAGACUAUUGAGCUUGGAGGAGGUCGGUGCUGUACUCCAGGUCCCCGUCAACAUUCAAGACCGCGAUGCCUUCCACAUCACCAUUGAGGAGUACCUGCUCGCGCUGACCGACCUGACCAACGAGUUGAGCCGGCUCGCAACCAACGCGGUGACGUUGGGUGACUUUGAGAUGGCGGUCCGCAUCAGCUCUUUUGUGAGAGACCUGCAUGCUGGUUUCCAGCUGCUGAACCUCAAGAACGAUAUCUUGAGGAAGCGUGUCGACAGCGUCAAAUACGACGUCAAGAAAGUCGAGGAUGUGGUCUACGAUUUGUCACUGAGGAACUUGAUCCCGGCGAGGCAGGGUGCAGGUGCAGCACAGUAGACAGACAUCAAGUUCUAGCUCCAGAUAUGAUUGCUUCAAAAUGUAUGCCCACAGAAGCCAGGAAAGACGGCGACCUAGACGGAAACUGGGAUGGACCAGGCGUCAUGUAGCAUAUCUGCAUUUGUUUGGUUGCAAUUGAAGCCCUCAACUGCUCCAGUGGACUCUGGGAUGGCAUUGCAUUGAAUAAAUAUCACUUAGAUACCACCCAAGUUUCCGAGAGAUUGGGUGCUUUGAGUCUAUCUAGGUGGCGUGGCAAUCGUG